CCUAUCACAUGUGUGAGUAGAUUGAUAGCAUAUAAUCGUAUGUUUCUGUGGGUGACAGUGGUGUAUGUAGAUAGCUUCUGGCCCCUGACACCAUUGUAUCUAUAACGUACUUGCAAUGAUUGUAGGCAUUUUUUUGUUUUAUUUUGUUAUAUUGUAUGUUUUCUCAUAAUUUUUUCUAUACUGUCCUUAAGUACUUAUGUUUUAUAUAUUAUUGGAAUUAUGUUCUGUACCAAUUGAUUAUUAUAUUGAUAUUUUAUUUAUUAUUCUAAAGUAGGCCUGCUGAUUGAUAUUUACUGGUAGUGAUGUCACUGAUACUGUAAAUCAUCUUGGGAUGCUGGUACUUUUAUGUUACUUUGUUACAUUUGAUUUCUUGCAGGAUGUUUGUGAAUUUCUUUGCAGGCCUCUGGUCAUGACUCCUACUACUUUACUUACACACUUAAAGCAUUGCAUCCACUGGCCAUGUCUACUGUACCCCCCUCCAUAUCUCAUGCCCGUUGACAUGAAAAGGAUACAUGAGUGUGCCUCCUUAGUUCAGGUCCCUGGCACUAUUCCUUGCUUCCCUGUGGCCCAGGCUGUCUGUUAGGAGUUCCUCAUUCUGGCUAUCACCCUUGUUCUCAAAGGGAAUAAGCUUGGGCGACAGAGGAAGUUUCCAGCUGCCCCUUCUGCUGGUCCUACUUAUAGGUCAGCACCAAGUGUGUGGUCCUUUCUGGGCAAGAGAUCCUGUUGUGGAGAUUCCUGAGGCUGAGACGAUUCUCAUUUGGGAUGUCCCUCUAUCUCAAGUGCCAUUGGGGGCUUGGCUGUGACAGUGCUGGAGGAAGUUGGGGGAGAUGGGGGCAGGGGAAUGAGUAGUGAAGAUCUGUGCUUUGGAUUUACUCUGUCCUUUCUUUGCCCUUCUCCUUUGUCAAGAAUACCUAUAGCAUUCCCCACAUACAGAGAAGGGUCAGUGUAACAUUGACUCUUCUUGUGGAGAAAGUGUUGGAAGGUUGUACUGUAAGAGUUUUAGUCUCACUGGACAUACAGGUUUUGGAGUGUUGAUCAGGGAGUGAAAAGUACAUGCAGGCUGGGUCAUCCUUCCUCCUAUACUUGGGAUUCUGUUUAGCAAUAAUUGAUAAUCAUGGAUAUUUGUAUGUGAUAAUAAGUAAGAUUUUUAAAGGGAAACUUAUUUUAUCUACAUAUUUAUAACUACUAAUUAUAUAUAGUUGUCCUCCCUCUCCUCCAUGACCCUUUUUACAAGAGGUGAAGGAGGGAUUGGGGUCAUGGUGUCCUGCCUGUGGCUGGAUGCACAUGUGCAAGAUGGGGUCAGUUCACAGGUGAAGGAGAAUGAAAAUGCAAGAACUGAGGAAGAUGUUUGCAUCAUAUGGUCCCCUUCACCGAGUGACGGCCAGGAGAGGUGGUCUUGGUUGUGGAGCAGAAGGGGAUAAUGUGUGGUAUGGUUAUGUGGCAUAUUUCUCAGCUUUUGAUGCUGAAGAGGUCUUAAAACAAAGUGGCAAGAUGGUCAUUGGUGGAAGCAGGAUAAAACUCAAGAAAAAGUAUAAAUCAGAUGACUUUGGAAGCCAAGCUCUUUCCCUCCAUAAAUCUCAAGAACUACUCAUACAUUACUUUGGGUUCAACUGCUGGACCUCUGAGAUUGUUUAUCUUGAAAGAGAUAAUGAUGAAGAACGAAAAGACUCAGUGCGAUAUGUGUGUCUGGUGCGGGUCAGAAUGCCGAGGGAAGGGCUGUGCAGCGAGGGGAUUGGCUUGGGUGAGGUACCAUGCACCACACAAUCCCCACAAGGCAGAGGACAGUCUGUGGCAUGUGCACGAAGGUUUGCUUUCAAUUCAGCAAUGAAAGCAGCAUUUGGAAAAUUUGUUAUUAUAAAGCUGAGGAAUGGCAAAGUGACGGUGGAAGUUGACACAACACAGACAGACCUGCAGAUGUAUGACCCGUCAUGGGACAGGACUGAGGUGGAGGUGAAUGACAUUGAUCAUGAUCCAGAGGAGGAGGACAGUGAUGAGGAGUUUGCACUGCUUCAGGAUAUUGAUGAUGAGGAACUAGGAGCUUUACUUGACAUAACCAUCAGUAAAGAUGCAUAGUACAUCAUGGAGUGUGAGAACCAACACUUGUGGUACAAAAAUCCCUUUGUGGCUGAUGCAGCGAGGAGGGCUGGGUAAUGACUGGUGGACACUGUAGCAGCGAGGAGGGUUGGGCGGUGACUGGUGGACGCUGUGCUGGUGAGAACACGUCCAUCCUUCAGGUGUCGUCGGAAUAAGAUAGGUAGUUAGAGUUUCACUUGUGUUGUCUGUUGUCAUGUCCUAGCCGCAGCCCUGUAAGCAACCCACAGUACUGUACCUGUUGUCUGUUCACGAUUACCUUAGGAACAGUUAAUAUUAAGGGUCCUGCUUUUUAUAUCGUAACUUUAAACACUUAUUUUUAUACGAAUAUAACUUUUAUCAACAUUUCUUAGCACAUGCAAGGUUUUUACGGAUGCAUAUUUUUGUAGUUUUCUUUAUAUGUACAUUUUUUGUGUUUGAGGAGGUGACAAGAAACACAAGAAACUAGUCGGGAAUAAACUCACCUCCCAACACCUGUGUUUCUUGUCACCACCUCUAACUUGUUUGAAUGUCCGAACAUUCUUGUGUUUAUCAUUAUAUAAAAGACUUUUAAGGAAGUGAUAUAUAAAAGAUUUUAGUGUUUAUCAUUAUAUAAAAGACUUUUAAGGAAGUGAUAUAUAAAAGAUUUUAAGGAAGUGACAUCUGUCCGAUUUAGAGUUUAAAAUAUUUGUAAAAAUUAAUAAUAACAGAACUGCUACA